GGAGGAAGAGGAGGAUGGGAGCAGAGGCUGCAGAGAUGCUAACAUCACUGGCACACACACACUGAUAGGAGCUAACUGCUAACAGAGAGAGGGAGAGAGAGAGAGAGAGAGGUGGAGGGAGUAGGAUGCUGGCAGCACACACAUACACACACACUGAUAGGAGCUAACUGCUAACAGAGAGAGAGAGAGAGAGAGAGAGAGAGAGAGAGGUGGAGGGAGUAGGAUGCUGGCAGCACACACAAACACACACACACUCAGUGCUGCAAUGAAGCUAGCUUGUUAGCAUGCUGAGGAUAGACGGCUAACCUACUGAUAAACACGCUGAAGCACACAUUUAUAGAGACACACACACACACACACAUAAACACAUUUAUAGAGACAUACACAUUAUUGGGAUGCACACACACUCAGCGAUGAAGAGUAGCAGGCUGACUAUUGGGCGAUGUAGUCACAGCUAAGGUUGAAGGACAGGUGUUGGGGGAGGAGCCUGCAGGUGGGGGUGAUGUCAAAGAAAGGAGUGGGGGGGCGAGGGAAGGGGGAGCGGCCCGACGCCAUGGCAACUCUCCAAGCAGCCAAUGAGGAGCUGAGGGCCAAACUGAUGGACAUCCAGAUAGAACUACAGCAUGAGAAGAACAAGGUGAGCCGUCUGGAGCGGGAGAAGAGCCAGGAGCUGAAGGCGGAGCAUCAUCGAUCCUCAUUGGCUCUGACAGAGCUCAAAACCAAAUUACACGAGGAGAGGACGAGGGAGCUGUCAAUCACGGAGACUCUACUACGGCAACAUGAGAUGGAGCUGAUGAGGGUCAUCAAGAUCAAAGACGCAGAAAUACAAAGACUCAACGGGCUGGUCCUGACGCUGAGGGACGGGACUACAGACAAGCGCCCCCCCUUCUGGAGGCUGAGGGAGUCAAGGAGGAUCUGGGACUCCGAGCGCUGUCGCCUCCUUCAGGAGAUCCAGGAUCUGAGGGCGGCCAAGAAGAGUGCAGAGGAAGCUCUGAGCUCGGCUCAACAGGCGGGACAGACCAGAGCAGCAGAGCUCCGAUCAGCUCAUCACCAACACCAGGAGGAGCUGAACCGAACCAAGAGGGAGUGUGAGAGAGAGAUCAGGAGACUGAUGGAUGAGAUAAAGCUGAAGGACCGUGCGGUCAGUGUUUUGGACAAAGCGUUGGGUCUGCAGGCGGGUCACGCGCACCGGUUGCAGCUGCAGACGCAGGCAGCCGAGCAGCAGAUCGCAGCGCUGAGGGACGCUCAGAGGGGGGGGAGCCAGCCCAACACUAACCCCGCCCCUAACACCUGUCCUCAUCUCUCUCAGGAGGAACGGGACACUCGCAGGUUUCAGUUAAAAAUCGCUGAGCUCAGCGCCGUGGUCAGGAAGCUGGAGGAUCGAAACGCUCUGCUGUCAGAGGAACGCAAUGAACUGCUGAAGCGGCUGCGAGAGACGGAGAGUCAGUUCCUGCCUCUGCUCGAUAAGAACCGGCGUCUGAGCAGGAAGAACGAGGAGAUGGCGCUGUCAUUGCGUCGCCUCGACAACAAGCUGCGCUUCGUCACGCAGGAAAACAUGGAGAUGGUAACUAUGCGAAGACCAAAUUCCUUGAAUGACCUGGACCGCAGCCGUUCUAGUUACCAUGGUUACAGCCAGGACGAGAGAGAGAUGGAGUUUCUACGGUUACAAGUUCUGGAGCAACAACACGUCAUCGACGACCUGUCCAAGGCUCUGGAGACUGCAGGUUAUGUAAAGAAUGUUAUCGAAAGAGACAUGUUACUGAGGUACAGACGCCAGGACUCAGUCAGGAGGAAACGGACCUUUAGAGCCUGCAGGGUCAUAGAGACGUUCUACGGUUACGAUGAAGAAGCUUCUGUGGACUCUGAUGGAUCGUCUUUGUCGUUUCACACCGACAGAACACCAGAUACUGAACCAGAGGAGGUGUGCAUGCGCGAGGAGGCGGAGUUCCGUUACUGUCAGCUUACUCAGGAGUACCAGGCACUGCAGAGAGCUUACGCCCUGCUGGCAGAAACAAGCGGGGGAACCUAUGACCCCGAGAAGGAGAUCAGGAACAGAGAACAGCUGCUGAGUGAAAUCAGUAGAUAUCAAACCAGAGUCACAGAUCUGGAGUCAGCACUGAAGCAACAAGGACUGGAUGUGCAGUGGGUGGAGGAGAAGCAGGCGCUGUAUCAGAGGAACCAGCAGCUGGUGGAGAAGGUGAGGCAGAUGGAAGCCGAAGAACUGCAGCUGGAGAACGAGAUCCAGGACAUCAGAGACCAGAACGAACUGCUGGAGUUCAGGAUCCUGGAGCUGGAGGAGAGGGAGCGACGCUCACCUGCCAUUAACUUCCAUCAACUCCAUUUCCCAGAAGGCCUCAGUCCUCUUCAGAUCUACUGUGAGGCAGAGGGCGUCCCGGACAUUGUGAUCAGUGAGUUGAUGAAGAAACUGGACAUCCUAGGAGAUAACGGCACUCUGUCCAACGAGGAGCAGGUGGUGGUGAUCCAGGCCCGGACGGUGCUCACCCUGGCAGAGAAGUGGCUGGAGUCCAUCGAGGUGACGAAGUCGUCUCUGCAGCAGAAGAUGUUGGACAUUGAGACAGAGAAGGAUCUAUUCAGUAAACAGAAGGGUUACCUGGAUGAAGAGCUGGACUACAGGAAGCAGUCCAUGGACCAGGCCCACAAGAGGAUCCUGGAACUGGAGGCCAUGCUGUUUGAGGCUCUGCAGCGGGAAGAGGCCUUUAUGAUGGAGGGCUUAAAGAUGGAAGGGGGGCGUCUCUCAGAGACUCUGACAGACGAGGAGAGGGACGGCCUUCAAAGAGCCAUGGACCAAUGGAAACGCUCCGUCAUGUGUGAGCUAAGAGAGAGGGACGCCCAGAUCCUCCGGGAUAGGAUGGAGCUGCUCACACUCACACAGCAGAGAAUCAAAGAUCUGGAGGAGUUUAUAGAAGCACAGAAGCGACAGAUCAAAGAGCUGGAGGAGAAGAUCCUGAUCUCUGACUCUCUGAUCCUGACUAUCUGA